GGGAGUCGCGCGAGGAGGCUCAGUGGCGCGGCAGGAUGCCCGGUCGAUUCCAGGGCUCACACGGCUCCCUUUCUUCUUACUUAAAUCUAACACACGGACAAUCUGCAUCCUUAAAAUCUACAUGUAAAAUAAAUGUCAACGUAUCUACUCUCUUCCAAGUGAUCGAUCCUAUAAAAUCUGACCUAAUGUAGAGUAAAUCGUGUGUCCGAUGCAAUAUUUACUAGCAUCCCAUAAAAAUCUGUGGAUAUAUAUGGACACUUUCCGUCAUGUUAUAAACAAGAAUGAUUUAAACAAUAGGCUUUGUUGUCGUUCGUGAAGUUUUACAGUGUUGCUUAGUGGUUUUAAAUUUUAAAAUUUACUCGAACAUAAUUCAUUUUAUUGUGUGGUAACCCAUGAAAAAUAUUUCAUAGUCUAGUUGCAUUGUAAAUUCGUAAUGUGUUAAUACAAACAUCAUUGCAGUGGGCAGACGUAAUGAUCGUUAAAGUGACAUCAACGUUUCAAAAGGAGACAGGACGAGGCAGGUGAGCGAUGAGGGCGCGGUGGGCGGCGUGGGCCGUGGCGUGGUGCGCGUGCACCGCCGCCGCGCCAUUCGAGCCGCGCGCCUCGCACUCCUCCACUAUGCCCUCACCUGUCUGCGAUCCACUGCUACUGCACAAUCCACCUCCUUUGCCCCUGAAUGCACGAGAGCACGAAGCUGCCGUUGUUCACACAGCGCGAGCUCUUGCUGACUUGGUAGAGAAGGGGAUAGCAGACGAGGCGCGUGCGACUGCCUUAGCCCGCGCUGUCGCACGCGCUCCGCUCUCGCCGAUGCCCGCUGCUGUCGCGCUUGGAGCCCCUCAACUGCAUCUCGGAGUACUUUACGUCUCGGAACCUUCUCGCCUUAUAAUAUUUCAACAAAACAAUUCAGCCACAUUACGCCAAUUCUGGCGUACAUUGGCUUCUGCUUGGAAUGCAACCAGUGUUGUAUGGUCGAACGCUUGGUUUUCCUGUGAAAAAGACGAAGAAGGUUGGUGGGGUGGAAUUGCUGCGGCACGAGGCACUGGUCCCACACGUGCAGCAGCUGCAAUAUUUCGACGUUGGUCGUCACUGCCAUGUGAAGAGGCAAUGCACGAUUGGUUAGGUGAAUUUCCGCGAUGUGAUCCCGUCACUACCGAGUGUGAGGCGUCCAGGGCACUAAGAGACGGUGAAAGAAAAUUAGAGUACAGCUGUAAAUGUCGACCAGGACAUUGGAGUCAGUAUGGUGGUGGAUGGGUAAACGGCGACUCUUUGGAGCGAAACAAUAGGAAUUUUUUAACCUGUACCCCAUGCGGAAUGGGAAGUAGCGCCACCGCUUGUCUUGCUGAUGUCUAUCGCGUAGGACUACUGGCAGCUAACUUAGCUGGAAUGCUAUUGUGUGUUGUCAUCGGUCUUAUUAUAUUCAGGAAGAGAAAAUGCAAGGCGGUUGCCAUGGGAAUGUGGACUGUAUUGGAAGUUGUGUUAUUCGGCGCUCUAUUAAUGUACGCCUCUGCUGCGUCACAGUAUAUUUCGGUGCCGAAAUGGAGGUGUAUAGCGGGUGCCUGGCUGCGGGAGCUCGGAUUCGUGGCCUGCUAUGGAUCUGUUGUUUUACGAUUAUGGGUUUUACUGGCAGAAUUUCGUACCCGGAAAGCACACAGGUGGACGCCAAAAGAUUCAGAGGUGCUUCGCGUAGUUGGCGCGAUGGUACUUGGUGCCGGGUGUUAUCUUGCAGCAUUCACAGCAACAGCGGCCUGUGAAGAAGACAUCGGUGGUUGUGCUAGAGCAGCAUGGCACCACGUUACCGGCGCUGCUGAAAUCCUACUGCUUCUCGCCGGUAUUAGGAUCGCUUACGCUGCUAGAAACGCCAAUGUUCCGUUUCAGGAGCGUGGGUUGUUGUCAGCGGCGCUGUGGGCGGAGGCGGCUUGCGGGGUGUGGUGGCGUGGCGUAGCGUGGGUCGCGAACGACGCGGCCCCAGAGCGCUGGCCCGUGGCUGCCGUAGCGCGAGCACAUCUCUCGUCAGGGGCUGCGCUCGCCUGUGUGCUGGCCCCACGGCUCUGGCACGGUUAUCGAGCCAGAUCAUUAGCUCAAGAGGUUUCUCGUCGAGGGCCCGCAGAAGGUUUUGGCGCAGAAGGUGAAGAAGAGCCCACUUCAGAAGAAGUAAGAGCGGAAUUAAAAAGGCUGUACGUCCAACUGGAGAUCCUUCGUAACAAGACAAUCAGAAGAGAUAAUCCUCACAUCAGUAAAAGACGAGGAGGUCGGAAACCGCCUCAUAGACGAUUUUCAUUACAGAAAAAAGGCAGCCGUGAGAAGGUAAGGAGAUGUGUUAUAUUAGGCAUGUGGCGUACCGUGGCGCACCCGCAUGCCCCCUGUGGAAGUCCCGCGUCGGCGCCGAUCCCAGCACUAGCUCCCUCGCUCCCUCACCACCCUCGCCAGUUCACUCUCGCUUAUUUACGGAAACAUGCUUUUUGUGUUCUGCCCAAACCGAGCAACUCGCGUUUUGUGCGACUUCAAAGUCUUGAUAUCAUAUUAAAUCUUUAUACCGAGUCAAAUGUUCAUUAUAUCGAUUAGACAUUAAAAGGCGUACUUAAAAUUAUAAAAUUUUAAAGGCUUACUUUUCAACUUUAAAAUUGUAACUGUUAAAAAAUUUUCGUCUCGGAGACUUGGUUGUCUUAAUCUUGUCGUUUCUGUUUAUAAAUGUGUUGCUUGUCCGGCAAUCGUGAUCAAAAUAAAUUGUUCACUUUUAGCGAACAGUAAUCAAACGUGUUUGUUUUAAUUAAUGCAUUGAUUGAAGCUCUGUGGAAUGUUAAUGUUUGACUUUGAAAAAAGCGAACUGAGAUAAUCUAAAAUGUAUAAUAAAUACUCCCAAAGGCGAAAUGGGACUAAUUAAGCACAUUAUAUUGAUGUAAUCAGGAAAAAUACUACUUACUUGCUUAGCUUAAGGAUCAAGUUUCGUGAAUGCAUAAUCUGUAAAAUCCCGCGCGGA